UCAAACCCACCCUCAUUCCCCAGCUUAUUAAUCUUAUAUCUUUUGCAAUUUCAAAACCCACAAAAAUAUCUGAUUAUUUUCUUAUGUUCUAUGAGUUUGGCCCUUUUCAGUUGAUCCAUUUUCCUUCAUUUGCCUCCACAAUUCAGUACUUGUACAAGAGCUUACUUUUAGCUUCUCAUCAUAUACUUGCUAUUUCAUAUCAUAAUAUGAUCUCUUCCUUUUUCUGUGUUCUCGUGAUUACAUGAGCUAGAAAUUCCGUUCACUAUAUUUCACAAGCUUUACAGAAACAGUCAGCCUUCAUUACUUGAUCAAAUCAUUGGUGUAGCCCUUUCUGGGUGAUAUUUAAUUUAUACAUGGAGAACUUGGGAGAUUGGGAGCAAAAGAAUGUUCUAAACGAGCUAACUCUAGGGAGAGAGCUAGCAAGGCAGCUCCAAAUCCAUCUCAACGUGCCAUCUUCUUCCCGAGAAACCCGUGAAAUGUUGGUCCAGAAGAUCAUAGCUUCCUAUGAAAAGGCACUUUCGAUGCUAAAUUUGAGCAGCUCAAUAAGAGAGCCAAAUCCCACAGGAUCGGUCGCCAUGUCUCAUGAGUCGCCGCCUUCUCUAAGUGGAAGUCCCCGGAGUGAAGACUCUGACCGGGACUUCAAGGACCACGACCCUAAAGAUGGGUCUAGGAAGAGGAAGGGCACGCCAAGGUGGACACAACAAGUGCGAGUUAGCCCAGGGAUGGGGCUAGAAGGGCCUCUUGAUGAUGGCUUUAGCUGGAGAAAGUAUGGCCAGAAAGACAUACUUGGAGCUAAAUAUCCAAGGGGCUAUUAUAGAUGCACUCAUCGAAUUGUCCAAGGCUGUUUAGCAACAAAGCAAGUACAACGAUCCGAUGAGGACCCUACCAUCUUCGAGAUUACCUACCGUGGAAGGCACACUUGCACCCAAGCCUCCCAUAUGUUCCCUCCUUCACAGCCACUCGAGAAUCAAGAGCCAAACAGUGGCAUGGAGCAGCCCCAGCAACCCCAGGAAAAUCAACAACCACCGCAAGAUCUCCUCUUGAACUUUCGUUCGGGCCUUAAAGUCAUAACCGAAGGAUUGGACUCGCGCGAGCAAUCAGUUCCUCCCUCCCACUUUCCUUCUACAUCAAAUGUUACGGCUGAAAAUCGAGUGUUUUCACCUUCUAUGGUGGAUAAGAGCUUCAUGGGGAAUUAUUCUCCAUCCUUCGUAUCUCCUUCGACGUCUGGGACAAACUACUUCUCUGCUACUUCAACCGGAAUACAGCAUUACGUGGGAGGGAAUCAGAAUUUUCAGACUUCUGAGUUUGAGCUGACUGACAUAAUCUCUGCUACCGCUACUUCAACUACAGACUCUACCACUGUUGGUUUGGAUUUCCCAUUUGGCAAUGUAGAAUUUGAUCCAAACUUCACAUUUGACAACUCAGGAUUCCUUCCCUAGUUGCAUGCACAGCUUCGGAAUCAAAUAAAGUGAAGAAAGCAGAAGCAUCACUUUGUCCUUACUAAAGAUAUAGAUAAGUUAAAUUUUUAGGCCAAGAAAAUUUUGCUUGGUCUUUUAAAUCUUUCCAUGUUAACCCCUUAAAGAAAUUAAUCGUCAAUGGGUGCCAGUUAUAGUACUUGUAUUUGUUUUCGUCCCUUAUGUACGUGAAUGGUGAAGGUCCUAUACAAAGAGUGUCAUUUGUAAUUCCUUAAUUGUCAAUUUUCUGUUGCACUGUAAUCUAUUUCUAAAAUAAUCUACUCUAUGCAGCAUCUCAAUUCAACUUUA